AUGGAUAUUUUGUGGCAAUAUCAGUUUCGGAUCAUUCUGCUCGGUGAUUCCACUGUGGGCAAGUCGUCGUUGCUGAAGCGCUUCACGGACGGUAUAUACAGUGAUGUAGCAGAUCCCACGGUCGGGGUAGAUUUCUAUGCUCGAUCGCUGGAUAUAGAACCCGGGGUGAAGAUAAAGCUCCAGCUGUGGGAUACUGCAGGGCAAGAGCGAUUCAGAUCCAUCACCACAUCGUACUACCGCAACUCGGUGGGCGGGCUGCUGGUGUUCGACCUCACUAACCGCAAGACGUUCGAGCACGUGCGGGACUGGCACAAGGAGGUCAGCGAGCACAUCCUGCCCCACCACAUGGUCUACAUCCUCAUCGGCCACAAGAGCGACCUCAGCAAGGAGCGCAAAGUGUCCCGGGACGAGGCCGAGCAGCUGGCGGCCGACCUGGGCAUCCGCUACGUGGAGACUUCGGCCAAAUGCAACAGCAACGUGGAGCGCGCCUUCGAGCUCCUCACCCGGGACAUCUACGAGCUCAUGAAGAUGGGAGAGAUCACCACCAGAGACGGCUGGGAUGGAGUCAAGAGCGGGCUGACUGCCAAGGUCCUCUACCCGGCCGAUGAGGAGGAGGAGCUGGCCAGAGCUGCUCCGGAGAAAGGCUGCCACUGCUGA